AUGAAGAUCAAAUAUAUCAAACCCCCAAACUAUCCGGGCCGUCAGCUCUCAAUGGGCUUGACAGGCGAUAUCCGCGCAGUGGAUGAGUCCUAUGUCGUCAAGCACCCGAAAUCAGACCCUGACCCAUCUGAGGAAGCCCGGGUGUAUAAUGAUAUGAAGCUACAUAUGAUGAACGUCGAACGCCAGAUAUAUGAGCAAUUGGGUCCGCAUGAUAGCAUCAUCCAUUAUUAUGGCCCUCUCGAUGACUCUGGGGCAAUAAAAUUGGCAUACGCAAAACAAGGUGAUCUCGAAAAAUACAUAUCCAGACACGAGAUGCCCUCCAAGGCAACGCGAAUAGCCUGGAUUCGGUCUCUGAUAGAGGGUUUCUACCACAUCUAUUCCAGCAAGGUGCUUCAUCAGGAUGUCAAAGCAAACAACCUUCUUGUCCACGAUGGCUCAAUUAAAAUCAUCGACUUUGCCAAUGGAGAGAUCUUCCCUCCGGAUACAGACAUGGAGAAAGUCUACACAGAUGACCCUUUCGCGAAGGGAGACUUAUGCGGAAUCGCCAGCGUGAUCUAUUCUGUCUCCGCGUAG